GCGGGGGCGGGAGGGCGCGCGCCACGGCCCGGAGCGGCGCGCGAGCUUGUGCAACACGGCGGGGCUCUGGUUACCCCACCGGUUCUUGGCUGGAGGGGGCACAUUUGCUCCCACCACAGCCCCCAGGGUGACACGGAGGAGUUGGAGGGGACAAGCCCCGGGCUGAUCCCCUCGCAGGUCAGCAGCCGCUUCCCCCCGCUCCGACACCGCCCUGGGGUCCGGCACCAUGUUCGGCUCAUCCCGAGGGGGCGUCCGGGGCGGGCAGGACCAGUUCAGCUGGGAGGAUGUCAAGACGGACAAACAGCGUGAGAACUACCUGGGGAACUCCCUGAUGGCCCCGGUGGGCCGGUGGCAGAAGGGGAAGGACCUGACCUGGUAUGCCAAGGGCAAGAAGGAGACAGGCCCUGCGCUGUCCCGUGAGGAAGAGCUGGCUGCUGUGCGCCUGGCCGAGCAGGAGGCCAUGAUGGCAGCCCUGGGCUACAAGACUGUCAAGAGGCAGCCCACAGGCCUCAGCAAGGAGGAUCUGGCCGAGGUGUGCAAGCGGGACGGCGAGCGGGACGAGAAGGACGUGGACCGGGUGGUGGGUUUGGGCAGCUCCAGCGGCAGCGCCGGCCGGCUGAUGCUCUCCAAAGAGGACAAGGAGGCGGCCAAGAUGGGACUCUCAGUCUUCACGCACCAGAGAGUCUCCAGCAGCCCUGAGACAUCCAGCUCCAAGAAGAAGCAAGAGAAGCAGGAGAAAGAGGAGAAGGUGGAGGACAAACGACCAGAGAGCAGCAAGAAAUCCAAAAAGGAGAAAAAGAAGAAGAAAAAGAAGAAACACAAGAAGGAGAAGAAGAAAGACAAACAUCACAAGAGGGACGCUGCGUCUUCAUCAUCCUCUGAUUCCUCUCCAGACCAGGAAGAGAGGCAGCAAGGAAGGAAAGCGCAGAGCAGCCGUGGGCAGCGCGACGUGGGUUCUCCCAGCAGGAGCAGGAGCGGCCGCGCUCGGCCCCCGGCCCCGCACCACAGGGGCAGGAAGAGGAGCAGGAGCAGAUCCCCCCCGGCCCGUGGGACCAGGCAACGCCACGACACCGAUUCAGAGGACUGAGGGGGAGCCUGGGGGAGGGGGGUUUCAAGGGAGAUCUCUAUAUAUUUUUUAAAGCUGUUAAAUUAAAACAAGAUGCAGGUUUGUGA